AUGGCGCAGCAUGACUUUGCUCCAGCCUGGCUUAAUUUUCCUACUCCACCAUCAUCAACAAAGGUAGUUGUAGAGAGCAAUAAGUCAUCACUGAACUUUGAGAAACAUUCUGAAAAUUUUUCAUGGGCAGAGAAUCGUUAUGAAGCAAAUCGCAGAAGACACAACUCUUCAGAUGGGUUUGAUCCUAACAUUGGGCGGCCUAAUGGAGGGCACUUUGGGAGAAAAGAAAAGAAUGGUUGGCGUUCACAAGGCAGAAAUGGUAUAGAAAGUAUAAACCAUCGUGGGGGAUACCAUGGUGGAAGUUCCCGCGCUCGUACCAGCACUUUCCACAGUGGAAGAGGCCAAGGACUGCAUGAAAACAAUACAUCUGAUAAUGAAACUGGGAAAAAGGAAGACAAAGAAGUACCCAAACAGUUUGAGGCUGAGGAUUUUCCAUCUUUGAACCCUGAAUAUGAGAGGGAACCAAACCAGAAUAAAUCUUUAGCUGCAGGUGUGUGGGACUACCCUUUGAAUCCUAAAUCUAGAUCUCCGAGAAUGCUGGUCAUUAAAAAGGGCAGUACAAAAGAACUGCAGAUAUCUGGAUUCCCUGUAGUAGGAAGUCUUCAUUCGCAGCCAGUAAGGAAUGGAACUGGUGCAAAUGUUUACAAAGGAUUAGUCCCUAAACCUGUCACUCCGCCUGCAAAAUCUACACAGUGGAAAAGCCAAGCAAAAGAAAAUAAACUUGGGAAUGCAUUUCCUCAUGAAUCUGCAUAUGGUGUUGGCAAUUUCAGUCCUUUCAAAUCAACUGCCAAGGCAUUUACUGUAUCACAAAAUUCAGUGAAAGAGUGUAAUCGGUCAAAUUCUUCAUCCCCUGUUGACAAAGUUGGUCAGCCUCGAUUAACAAAAUUGACAAGAAUGCGGACUGAUAAGAAGAGUGAAUUUUUGAAAGCAUUGAAACGAGAUAGAGUGGAAGAGGAACAUGAAGCUGAGAAUAAUUCUGGGCAAGAGAAGGAUGAUGAGUCCUUUAACUUGCAUAACAGCAACAGUCCUCAUCAUGAGAGAGAUAUAAACCGAAACUUUGAAAAUGAAAUUCCGCAGGAGAAUGGCAAUGCUUCAGUUACAUCUCAACAGAUCACCCGAUCUUCAGCUUUCCCUCAGGCAGAUGUUCUUUCGAGCUCGCUUGAGGCAGAGCAUAGGUUGUUAAAGGAGAUGGGCUGGCAGGAAGACAGUGAAAAUGAUGAAACAUGUGCUCCACUAACAGAGGAUGAGAUGAGGGAGUUCCGAGUCAUUAGUGAACAGUUACAAAAAAAUGGCCUUCGGAAAAAUGGCAUUUUGAAAAAUGGCCUCAUCUGUGAUUUUAAAUUUAGUCCUUGGAAAAACAGCACUUUCAAACCUGCUCUGGAUAAUGAGGAUUCUGAGACGAGCAGCAGUGAUACAUCAGAUGAUGAUGAUGUGUGAAGACUUCUGUAACGUCUGUAGAAGCCCAUUUUGAUCUCAUGAAAAUAUGGGGAUAUUUUGUCAAAAAAAAUUUUCUAAUUUAUGUAGUAACAUACCCACUAGAGGAAGAGCCCUGGGACUUUUCUCUGUGUUGGGUGUGUUGAACAUUACUAUGAUUUCUUUGUAAAUGAAUGUUAUAGAAUGAGGACUUGGGUUGACCCAGCAUUGACUUUCUUCAUCACCGAAGCAUUUCUGACUAGCAGUAUGACAAUGUAACAAGUCAGACUUUCUCAUUUAAUAAUAAAAACAAAGAAUUGCGUAAUGUCUUGCAAAGCUUCUGUCUUAAAGUGUCCAAAUCUAUAGGGAAAAAAACGGCAGCUUGACAUGCUGUUUUGCUUGCCACGUCAUUUCUUUCUUACAAUGGAAAUCCUUGAGUCCACUUUAUACGCAAAAAGGGCAGUGUAGCAUGUUGGCUAAAACGAGAAAAGUGCACUAAAACUC